GUGUUGUAGCACACGUGACUGUCAUAAUUCGCCUGUCGCGGAUGCUACAACUCCAGAUUUGGCGGCAAAACAAUUCGCAGACUCGUUGGUCCACACGACCACACUCGUGUUUCCAUGACGGCAGGCGAUCGAUCACGAGGAAGUUCCCGCGCUGGAUUCGCAGGCCGCCAGACGGGAGAGGGAUCCGUCUUUGCGCAGGUAUUCGGUAGCCGUCUGCUCCAUCAGCCAUUGUCCUGCCUCAUCUAUGAUGUGACGACAGGAAUAGUUCUUAGGAGUAACAUUUGUUUAUACUCAGCGACCAUGGAGCAGAUAUUGAAGAAACGCUAUCAAUACGAAACGUAACGGCGAACAGAGAGCUGGCUUACAGGACGGGCGGACAACGAAGAUGUAACCACUUUCAACAACUCUUGUUUGACCUUGAAAGGAACAAUGAAAGAGACAUAUAUAACAUCUUUUACUUACUGUUUUUGGUAAAUGUGCGACAUUUUAUCCGAACCAUUACGGUCUAUAACGUGUUUGGCACAAAGAACUGUGCAAGAUAUAAGUGUUUACUUCCUUCUAUUGGAGUAUUGGUGUAUUCUUUAGGAAAAUUUAAUGUCAUUGUAGAAAAAAAUUGGGUGUUGUAAAAUCUCUGACCAACUAUGUCCAGCAGAGAUGACCCUAUGCACGGUGACCCCGAUCACUCGUCCACGGUGCUCCUUCCUCCGGACAGAGUGGACAGAUCAGACGCCGUUCCCAUGUUAACUUGUGACGCAGACGACGAUCGUGACGACAACCGGAAGUCAGAAGGAUUUCUCACGAUCACCCGGAAAUACGUCCCGACGAUGAAGCUGCAGAAGCCAGCGUGCAGCACGGUGCGCAGAUUUCUUUUAUUGAUUGUGGGAUGUGUGCUCGUCGGAUUAUCGCUAAUCCUUAUGGUAACCGGAACCAUCAGAUUCCACCAGUGCCAGAAUAACAAGGGGUCUUCAGUCUGGGACAACCAGUUCCUCGGAACACACUUCGCGGAUCUGGUGUCGUUAAACAACUUUGCUCUAGAGAAGGUUACUGCACAGACGUCAACCAACAUAGCCGCAGCUGAUGGCGAAUCCAAGUUUGCUGUGGAUGGCGAUAUUAACACGUGCUCCGAGACGGAUGCGGAGAUGCGCCCUAUCUGGGAGGUGGAUCUGGGUACCGUCCGACCCGUGGGUGACGUCAUGAUCCACGGUCGUGUAGGAUUCGAAUUCCACGACAUGUACGUGUACAUCAGGAACACUAACUCCAGUGGUGACCGCCAGGUGUGCUUCAGUCACCCAGAGCCCCUGAACAGUCACGUGCUCGUUACCAACUGUCGUCAGGACCUCAGCGGCAGAUAUGUAACAGUGGAAAUGACCUCUAAGGACCAUACUCCUGAUGUACGCUUGGUGCUUUGUGAGGUCAUCAUCACACAAAGGUAGCGUGUGCGCAUGCGUGAAAGGCAAUGCAAGUCCCGAGGAUCUCACCCUUAAGAAGAACUCAUAAUUGUUGAUUGGGUGCCAUAUUGGUUGGAAGUGAAUCAAAGGAUACACAAAAAAUUGUCAGGUUGAAAAUAUUUAUUUCGUAUUUCCAAAACUAGGACCAUUCCUAAACGAUUUCGUUUUGAUGUUCGCUGGACAAGAUACAUAUAAAAUAUGUAUUAGGACCGGACUUUAAUCGGUAGUAGUGAAGUGUCUCUGAAAUGAAUUGCCACAAAGUGGACUGUAUAGGCGUGCUCACGUGGCAAUACAGGGUAUCGCGAAAACGAUUGUGAAGGAUAUUCAACAUCAUAAAGAUGACUGUCCCAGAAAUCUCUUAUUUGUGUACUUUUAUAGGCUGGCGCUCCCAGUCCGGUUUUUGUAUUUUGUAUGAAUUAGAUGAUGUGUGCGCUGGACAAUCAUGUGUUUUACUUCCCUAUGUGCGGAUACUCAUUCACGAUUUUGGUGGAGCCAUUGGUUCUGUUCAUAUGUCCUCUGAAAAUCCAAGCUUCAUUAUCACAAGCGACAUAUCCGGUUGCUUUUCCUUCAUCAACUUCACACGUAGACGGCGCCCGUAGGCAGAAUUUUGAGAGAAAUUAUUUGUGUUUGCAGUGCGCGUGCGUCGAGAACGAAUCGGAUGACAUUUGUUCUCACUUACUAACUGAGAUAGUGUGAUAAAUUACAAAAAAUACCCACUGUUCCCAACGCAUGCGCAAUGAAGUUCCACUGCUUUCAUAACAAACACUCUAAGAUACGACAUUGUAGAUGGUAUUAGUUAUAUGUCAAUCGGGAACCGUCGGCAAAUCACAUAAUCCAGAAAAUACAGUGCCCGUUUACGGAAAGUGCCGACGAUUCCCGAUUAGAUGGUAGAUAGUGCUCAGUCCGGAGGGCGAAAAUUACAACAACUGUCAGUUAUGUGUGCACUUUACCAAAGAGGAAUUUAAGAAUUUACUAAAUGGAUAUGUAUACAAGAGACCUAUGGCUACAGUAAAACACCUUUAUAACGAAUCCCAGGAGAGUUUAAAAGUAAGACAUCUUUGAAAACGAAUCCCACGGGAGCUAGCAUGUAAGUGAAACAUAUGUAUAUCAAACCAAAGACAUUGGUUCUCUACAGAAAAACCCCAUCUGUAUAACUAAACGCAGAAAACUUGAAAUGAAAGUUUAGUGUUUUGUGCUAUUUCCGUGAAUGAUUUAUUUUUAUUUUUUUGCCAAUAAGUAGUAAGCCGUAACUUAAAAGAAUUUUCGUCCAAAAGUACUCAUCCGUGAAUAUGUAGAAUAUUGCGAAAAGUCCUAGUAUUGGUUGUAACGUCAAUGUAUUGAGUGAUGUCCCACCUCCAGUUACCAAGCGACUAGUGGGCCAAAAGUUGUCUACGCGAUUCAUGAUUUUCAUUUACGACUGAUUUGUGAAAUGUGGGAACGUCACCAAUACGUGUCUCAAGUAUUCUGCGGAAAGAUACAAUACAUAGAUACUUAGCUGCCGACAUAGCACAUUGAACUUUAAUUCAUUCGAACAGAACCGUUAUUGUACUGGGUUUAUAAUUAAAUGCCGACUUUGAAAGCUGAACUACAACUCCAAAAUAACAGCGACUACAAACUUUCAUGAAAUUGUAAUGGCUGUGUUGUGUUUGAUUCAUCAUGUUUCUUCAGAAAGCAACAUAUUAAUCAGUAAAUCAUGUUUCUGUUUGACAAAUAAAGCUAUAUUUA